AUGGCGUCCAACCCUAACGAUGGCGCGGCCAGCCCCGUCGAGAAGACUGGCGACCAGGAGGACAGCAGGGGUGGCGGCGGAGGAGCGGACAGGGCAACGUCCAUUGUCGCCAGUCUCAGCGUGCUGUCCACCGAAGAAGACUCUGACCUAGUCACCAACGUGUCCGCUGAAUUGUGCCAGAUUGGACGGCGGCAGUCAAGACCCCAAUACAUGGAGAGGAUCGUCAAAGUCUGCAAGUUGCCACUGCACCUCAAGUAUCCCAUGUACCAGGCCAUCACCAAGACACCGACUAAACAGGCUCUAGUCGAAUUCUGUCGCAAGAUGCACCAAGUCGCCGGCAAGGAGAGACUGUCCAAGGCGCUGUUCGUGCUGACCAAGGGCUGCCGUACAUUCCUGCAACCUUGCGACUUCAUGGACCUCAUUCAGGACCUCAUAGACACCCACGGCGGGCUCUCGUUUCUCAAGGAAGUGACCAGAUCACACAGCGUGUACAUCGACACCGUGGUGGCUCGACUGUUCUUCGAGGUCGGAAAGACGUGGACGUGGCACCACAGCAUGGCAGAGCUGCGACGCAGCGACCUCCUCUCGCAGCUUGACGCUCUGGAACUCAACAACGACUUCAUGAACGUGGUAGGGGCCUUUUCGUACAAGGACGCCUACGUCAUCCACACGAUGUUCAACUCGCUGGACAAGGACAACGAUCGUCUGUUGAGCAAGGAAGACCUGGCGCGGUACGAAAAAGGCGCCCUGGUACCCAAGGCAAUAGAUAGGGUGUUUGACUUACUCAGUACAUCAGCCAUGACGUACGUCGACUUGGUCGUCUUCCUGCUCGCCGAGAAGGACAAAUCGCAUCCAAGGAGCAUCGAGUACUGGUUCAGCCGACCAGAUAUCGGCGACGAUGGAAAAAUCACGAUGUACGAACUCGAGACAUUCUUCCGCCAGCAGUGCGACCGCGUGUCUCUGCUGACGAACGACUGGGUGUCUCUCGAAGACAUCUGUCGAGAAAUUAUGGAUCUGAUGAAGCCCAAGUCGUGCAUCAUUUUCGCUCUGUCCGACCUGGAGCGGUGUGCGUUUGCAUCUGUGUUCUUGAACACUUUCAUCAAGAUUGACGGUUUCAUUCAUCACCAGGUCUUCGACCGCUUCGACACAGAGCGUUCGCGCAAUGGUUUUACACAGUGGGAACAGUUUGCCAAGUCGAGGUUCACUCUUCUCGUGGAAGAAGGCGAGAAAGAUGACUCCUCCGACGACGACUUGCCUUAA